AUGGCGUUGACACAGUUGGCCCUCACACUGUUCGGCACAAUGGCGUCGAUUUUCGCUGCAGAAUUGCCCAAGGAUGUGAAAGAAAUAACGACCACCGAAGUGAGUAAACACAAAGUUCGGUUGUCGUAAAUAAUGGCAAAGGCAUUAGAAAAGUACAGUACUUUAGCUUGGCCUUAGUAUAUUCUACCGUACCGAAAAAUUAUACUCCACCCUACCCUAUCCUACUUUUUAUACUGUGUUAAAAACUGUGUUUGUGUUAUAUAAUAUUGUCAUAUAAGUAUAAAAAAUUUUAUAGGAUGGAGCCAAGUGGUGUCCAGUACCAUUAGCUGGUACCCAAUGCCCAGCUUCGUCCUUUUUUCAUUACUACACUUGUUGUGGAGACUUGUUGAAGGAAUGCUGCUUCAACUUUCAGGUAAGUCAUCUUUAAAAAAACAAUACUAUUUAUAAAUUUUACAAUAGUACUAUAUUAUCAUAUGUAGUACUAUAAUUACGAAAAAAUAUAUAUUUGUAGCGCACAAUGAUACUGUAUUAGUAUACAUGAUGCUAUAAUUGCAUACAAAAGAAAUUUUUAUUUAACUUAAAAUGGUGCUAUACUAGCAUAUGUAGUACUAUAAUAGCCAAAAAAGUACUAUAAUUAUAGUACUGUGUUAUGGCUUAUAAUGUAGUACUAACUUUAUAAUGUGUCAACUUUUUCAGACCUGGGUCCUGGUUGUCCUAGUUGGAAUCGGAGUUCUCGUGGCCGCUUCCAUUGUCCUGUCGAUCAUUCGCUGUUUGUUCUGCCGUCGCAACUAA